UUCGUGGUUAUUUUGUAUUGAAUUUAUUAAAGUCGUCAUCUAAAUAAAGAUAAAACAUCAAUCUCGGCAAGCCUCGUUUUUAUCUUUAUUUAGAUGACUUGUUUAGUAAAUUCAAUACAAAACCACCACUCAUGCAAGAUCCUAUAUGUAUAUUGAAUUGGAUGGACUUGAUAGCUGUUUAAGGUAGAAUUCAAUUCAUCGCUCCGGACUUUGAAUCUGUCACAGUUCCGACAAUGAGGCGCUGAUUCGUUUGUGUUUUGUACAAGACCCACUUGACACCGGUGAGAUGCAAUUAAACAUGACAGAAAAUAUUAAUUUAUGUUGCAACGCCAUUGUUCCCACCGAUCUAGCUCUCUCGAUUGACGGAAUCGAUAGCACAGUGUGAACUACUUCCGGAAAUUGUCCGACGCUCAAAUCUAGCAUGCCCACAAUGAACACAAUUUAUUGAUUAUCAGGAAUAGGUGGAUCACUCGGCAUUAUUGACGAACUCAUCGAGAAAAUGGUGGACAAAAUAAGUCAACGUGCAGACAGGAAUCUACCUAAGAAUGAAGGGUUUUCAAGCACAAAUGACGCAAACGGCAACGGCGUAGACAUUGCAAACUGGAUAUCAGUGAGGACUGAGUAUCCCGGACGUCACGUGGUCACUGCGCUGCGUGUAGUUGCAGCGUCUAUUGGCGUCCUGGUUGUGUGUAAAUCAACUUUAUGUGACAGAGGUUUGGAGCAUAUGUACAGGAUAUGCCUGAACUCGCGGUUGUUUCAAUCCGUGUACUUUGAAACUAUCUUUUCCACCCUCUGUUACGCUAUAAUCAUUCCAAUCUGUCCAUGGCUCGUCGACAAACUAAGAUGUAUGGACAAAUUUAAGAUCAAUCCUUCAGUGAAGUACGAAUCGGUUACUGUAGCAAACAUUGUUCGUGAAGCAUUGUUUUACACCAUACCUCUAAUGCUACUAGAUACAUUUAUGGUUAAGAAAUAUGAAGGUGUUGGUAUAGACCCAAUGAUAUGGCACGAGAAAAGACAAUCCGCAAUUCAAACAACGAGGGCCUUGCCUGAGUCUGCCCCGUCCACUUUUGAUCUCAUAUGGAAAUUAGUCGCAAGCAUAAUUGUGUAUGAUGCCAUAUUCUUUUUGGUUCACUUGCUACUCCAUAAGAACCGUGUUCUGUACAAAUACGUACAUAAACACCAUCACGACCAUGGUAUACUUCACGCACAUGUUACGAACCAACUGACUGUAGUAGAGAGAAUUACUUUAGUUCUCUCGGCAAAUUUUUCUUUGAAGAUAUUUUACAGCCAUCCUCUUACAAGAACUGCGUUUAUACCUGUAUUUAUAUGGAUGCUGGUAGAAAACCAUUCAGGAUACGAAUUGCCUUUCAGCUUACAUCGGCUUCUACCGUUCGGAUUGACAGGUGGCCCAGUUAAACACUUCGAGCAUCACGUAAACGGCCAGCGAUGUUAUCAGCCAUUUUUUACUUACUUGGACACGCUACUCAAUCACAUUUCGCGUAUAAACUUGAAAAUGCGUUAACAUGAAAUAAUACAACUUUUAUUUUAUAUGGUCUCAUAAAUAUCCAUAUGUAAUGUAAAAACUUAUGAAAUUGUGUUUUAGAAAUAUGGAUAUUCACGCACUACUUUAUCGAACUCCGGACUCAUAUUUGAGCUUUGACUUACAAAAAACUUACUUAGAGGAGAAAAACAGUCUUAUUUAACUUAAAUAAUAUACUAGCAAAUGACAAUGCUUUGCUUGUUAUAUAUAUACUGUGUUUUGUAUACAGUGGAACUUACGCGAGCGUUACUUUGAUUAGGAAAAAGCAUUGUUAUGCUCAUAUAUGGAUGAUUUUAUGUAUGUUUCUUCCUUUUGUAACAUAUUACAAAUAAAGGCUAUAUGUACAAACAAACCAUCUAAAUUGUUUUAAGGACAUAGACACAUAAGAAAUAUGUCUCAAUUCCAUAUUCGUCCAGCGUAGCUCCAGCCCAGCCUGCGCAUCCGAGCAGUCUGGUCAGGAGCUUCCCUGUCCGCUAAUGAGACGACGAAACCCUGCGUGAACUUAUAAUUGGAUGGUUCUAGAUUGCGUAAAUUCGCAGGCUAGUCUGGAGUUAUGCUAGCCUCAUAGCUUAAGUUUCAUUUUCUCAUGACCGGACUCAUACAUUUUCGUUGAUUGGAAGUGCACGUUCAUCCCUUAGCUAUUUGUACAUAUAGCUAGGAAUAUUUCCAUGUUUUUGUAUACGUAACGUGGAUGAAAUAAAAAGAAUUGUAUUUUA